UUUUCACAACUUCCUUGUGAUAAGACACAGUGCGGCGAAACUGCGUGCCAAAAUAAAAGAAGUAAAAAAGAAAGAAUCAAGUGUAAAUGUAGAGUGGAGACACUUAGUAGAGAUCACUAAGGAGAGAAGGAACAGAAAGAGUUUUUGUCUGAAAAAAAGAAUCCUGCAGAGGGAGAGACUGACCGUCUGAACCAUUGGAUCAGGAUGUUUAUUUUCAUCUGGGCGACUCUGUUCUUCUUUGUGAGAGGCAACAACGCUGGCACAGCUUCCUUUUAUGGAGGAAAACAACACUGCACACAAAAUAAUUACUGUGUCACUCUGACUGAAGGAGAAAUAUCAGCAGAGACUCGACUCCCUGUUGUUUUACAGUGUUCUUUCACUACUGCUGCUGAUUUUGAUGUUAAGAGUGUGAUUUGGUACAAAUGUGAUCCAUUUAAACAAAGGUGUGAUUUACCUGACAAACAAAUAUUUAGCUCCAGUAACAACAGAAAUAUUCAGUCUGGGUUUAGAGGACGAGUGUCUCUGUUGGAGCCUGAUGUGAGUCAGAAGAAUUGCGGCAUCAUCAUCAGUGGCGUGAGGGAGUCAGACGCUGGGUCAUAUCAACUCAGAGUUGGUGGUUUCCUGAAUGGGGUGAAGACUGGCUUCACAUUUGAGUCUAAAGCAAAUAUUACUGUUACAGAUCCUGCGCAACAUUGUGGGCCUUGCAGUACAGGCCUUCCCUGGGCCAUUGCUGGUGUAUCUCUCAUUGUGAACAUCGUCUACACAGUCUGUGUGGUCUUCCUUUGGGACGCAAAUAAAAAGCUGAAAGCAAAUCAAGAGGAGAGAUGUUAUGUGCCACUGCAGAAAACAGACUCAUCACCAGUGUAUGACGUUAUUGGUGAACCUCUAAACUAGCAAAUGUGUCUUGAGUCGUGUGACUUUCUGACAGCUUCUCUGAAUUAUUCCAUGCACUGAAAUGCAUAAAUUGUGGACCAAAAAAAAUCUUGUUCAAGCUCAUGUACCAUCAUUUAUUUUAUAUGAAUGUCAGCAGUACUUCAACCAAGACAAGACAAAGAAAGUAAUUUUUUUCUUCCAUAGAUCACUUUUCAAGCAAGAGGCCUAAAAAUGCUAUGCAGAUUUACAGGUUUAUGAAACUGAGGGGCAAUGACAGCACAUAAUCAGCAUUAUAGACAGCUGCAUGAAAAAAAGCUG